AUGUCUUCCUUCAAUGUCGUUGUUUUUGGCGGUGACCACUGCGGUCCCGAGGUCACUGCUGAGGCCAUCAAGGUUCUCCGCGUGAUCGAGAAGAACCGUGAUGUCACUUUCAACCUGCAGGACCACCUGCUUGGCGGUGCCUCUAUCGACGCUACCGGAUCCCCCUUGACUGACGAGGCCCUGGAGGCUGCGAAAAAGGCCGACGCCGUCCUGCUUGGUGCCAUUGGAGGACCGAAAUGGGGAACUGGCGCCGUUCGCCCUGAGCAGGGCAUCCUGCGUCUGCGCAAGGAGAUGGGUACAUUCGGUAACCUGCGCCCCUGCAACUUCGCCGCGCCCUCGCUGGUCGAGAGCUCGCCCCUGAAGGCCGAUGUCUGCCGUGGCGUCGACUUCAACAUAAUCCGUGAGCUGACUGGUGGUAUCUACUUCGGCGAACGCAAGGAAGACGACGGCUCCGGCUUCGCCCUCGACACCGAGCCCUACUCUCGCGCCGAGAUUGAGCGCAUCACCCGCCUGGCCGGUAACCUGGCUCUGCAGCACAACCCCCCUCUCCCCGUGUGGAGUCUGGACAAGGCCAAUGUCCUGGCUACUAGCCGUCUGUGGCGCAAGGUCGUCACUGAGGUUAUGGCUAAGGAGUUUCCUCAGGUCCAGAUUGGUCACCAGCUGAUCGACUCUGCUGCUAUGAUUAUGGUCAAGAACCCCCGUCAGCUGAACGGUAUUGUUGUCACCAGCAACCUGUUCGGUGAUAUCAUUUCAGAUGAGGCUAGCGUUAUCCCCGGUUCCCUUGGUCUCCUGCCCAGUGCCAGUCUGAGCGGUAUCCCCGAUGGCAAGAGCCGUGUCAAUGGUAUCUACGAGCCUAUCCACGGCUCUGCCCCCGAUAUUGCUGGCAAGGGUAUUGUUAACCCCGUCGCCGCCAUCCUUUCCAUCGCCAUGAUGCUGCAGUACUCCUUCGGCAUGUUCGAUGAUGCCCGCAUUGUCGAGAAGGCCGUCAGCAACGUCAUUGAGGCCGGCGUUCGCACCGGUGACAUUGGUGGCAAGGCCACCACCGCCGAGGUCGGUGAUGCUGUUGCUGCCGAGCUUGAGAAGCUGCUCAAGUAA